AUGGUCCUGAUUACAUACUUUCGAGUACUAUUUCGAGAUCCCGGUUUCCCGCCAAGAUCUCCCGGGCGAAUGCAAUCUCCGAACCCUGCCAGCAAUGCCGUUGCCGCAAGCACUUUGAGUACGUCAGAAAACGUAAAUCCGCAAUCGAUAUUGUCAACACAAUCAUCCCUGCCGAUGUUUACUUCCGCACAUCAAAUACCCGCAAAUCCGAUAUCAUAUCCAAAUAAUUCUUCAAAUGUGGGUGCUUUGGAUGCAAUGGAAAACGCGUUCUCAACUGGCGGCAUCACCUCGGUCACCGCUUCCACCGCUUCCACUGCCUCUCCAUCAUUUCCUUCACAAUCUGCGGGUGUGAUGAUUCCGAUGCCCAGCACUUUCGUGAGUAAGAGAGAUGGAAGAUUAAGGUGGUGUGAUAGGUGUAAUUCUGUUAAGCCUGACAGGUGUCAUCAUUGUUCAGAGUGUAAUCGGUGUGUUCUGAAGAUGGAUCAGGUUAACGGUUGUGUGGGAUACAACAAUUACAAAUACUUUUAUUUGUUCAUAGUGUAUACCUCUCUAUAUGCUGAUUUCACUUUUGCCUCAACGAUACCUGUUGUAGUUGAAGAAUUGAGGGAUCUAAAUAAUGAAUUGGAUGUACAGUGGAUAAUUCUUCUGAUACUUGCAUUCAUUUUUGGCCUCUUACUAACAGGAUUCACAAUGGUUCACACAGUAUACAUGCUUCAGAAUAGAACAACCAUAGAGAGCUUAUCAUUUCGCUCACGGACAUAUCAUUUACGUGUGCAAUUUGAUGUGGGAAAUCAUUCAAGUUACGGUGUGGCGGCUACGAGAGCCGGUGAGAACCUGUGGGAUCUUGGUUGGAAGCAAAAUUGGAAGAACGUGAUGGGAAACAAAUGGUGGUUAUGGUUUGUGCCAGUUGGGAAUCCGCCUGGAGAUGGUCAAGCAUUUCCGUUUAACUCUACUGUACAUAAUCGGUUAAUAGACGAUGCAAGGAAGGCGCGACUUCAGGAAGACAGAAUGUCGGCAAUGAUUCAACAAGCGCAAAGUGGCAUGGUCGGAGGAAUAUGA